GCUCUCUCGGCCGGGAAGCGGGGAGGCCGGGGCUCGGGGCGCGCGUCCCUGCACCGCCAUCGCGCCCCGAACCCCCGCCGCCGCCGCCGCCGCCGCCCCCGCACUCCCAUUGCGCCCGCGCGCGGCGCGCAGGGCCCGCCAUGGACCUGGAGGAAGCGUUCCAGGCCGCGGGGGAGAUGGGCAUCUACCAGAUGUACCUGUGCUUCCUGUUGGCCGUGCUGCUGCAGCUGUACGUGGCAACGGAGGCCAUCCUUAUUGCACUGGUUGGGGCCACACCAUCAUAUCACUGGGACCUGGCUGAGCUCCUGCCUAACCAGAGCCACAGCAACCAGUCAGGCAGCAAAGAGCAGACCUUUGGGGACUGGCUCCUGACAGCCAACGGCAGUGAAAUCCACAAGCAUGUGCAUUUCAGCAGCAGCUUCACCUCCAUCGCCUCCGAGUGGUUUUUAAUUGCCAACAGAUCUUACAAAGUCAGUGCUGCCAGCUCCUUCUUCUUCAGCGGUGUGUUUGUUGGAGUUAUCUCUUUUGGUCAGCUUUCUGAUCGCUUUGGAAGGAAGAAAGUCUAUCUCACAGGUUUUGCUCUUGACAUCUUAUUUGCUAUUGCAAAUGGGUUUUCCCCCUCAUAUGAGUUCUUUGCAAUAACUCGCUUCUUGGUGGGCGUUAUGAAUGGAGGGAUGUCUCUGGUGGCCUUCGUCCUGCUGAAUGAAUGUGUGGGCACCGCCUACUGGGCCCUUGCAGGAUCAAUUGGUGGCCUCUUCUUUGCUGUUGGCAUCGCCCAGUAUGCACUGUUAGGAUAUUUCGUCCGCUCCUGGAGGAUCCUGGCGGUGCUGGCUAACUUGCAGGGAGCUCUGGUCUUCCUCUUAUCUUUAUUCAUUCCUGAAUCACCUCGUUGGUUAUACUCCCAGGGUCGACUGAGUGAGGCCGAAGAAGCACUGUACCUCAUAGCCAAGAGGAACCGCAAGCUCAAGUGCACCUUCUCUCUAACACAUCCUGCCAACCGGAGCUACAAGGAGACUGGAAGCUUCCUGGAUCUCUUCCGGUACAGGAUCCUCUUGGGGCACACUCUCAUCUUGAUGUUUAUCUGGUUUGUGUGCAGUUUGGUGUAUUAUGGCCUGACUCUGAGUGCAGGUGACCUGGGCGGAAGUAUUUAUGCCAACUUGGCCCUGUCUGGCCUCAUAGAGAUCCCAUCCUACCCUCUCUGUAUCUACUUGAUUAACCAAAAAUGGUUUGGUCGGAAGCGGACGUUAGCAGGGUUUCUUUGCCUAGGAGGUCUGGCUUGUCUUAUUGUGAUGUUCCUUCCAGAAAAGAAAGACACAGGCGGGUUUGCGGUGGUGAACAGCCACUCCUUGUCUCUGCUGGGGAAGCUGACAAUCAGUGCUGCCUUUAACAUCGUUUACAUCUACACCUCUGAGCUGUACCCCACUGUCAUCAGGAAUGUUGGGCUCGGAACUUGUUCCAUGUUCUCCCGUGUUGGUGGGAUAAUUGCUCCGUUCGUCCCCUCACUGAAGUAUGUGCAGUGGUCUUUACCCUACAUCGUGUUUGGAGCCACUGGCCUGACCUCCGGCCUCCUGAGUUUGUUAUUGCCAGAAACUCUGAACAGCCCUUUGCUGGAGACGUUUUCUGACCUUCAGGUGUACUCGUACCGGAGACUGGGGGAGGAAACAAUGUCUUUACAGACCUUGAGCCCUCUUCAGCCCUCAGACAAGGAAACAAUUUGGGGAGUGAAAGUGAGGAAGAGGAAGAGUUUUAUGAUGCAGAUGAAGAGACUCAGAUGAUCAAGUGAAGAGAACCACAUUCCUGCUCAGGAGCAAUGGAUCAUGGGAGAAUCUCUGGCCACAGCAGGUUCUCCCGGGAGUCUUAAGAGAACUGCCGGGAGACAGAUUGAACGCACACAGACAGUACUCAGAGUGGACUAAUUCUUUUCAGGCACAAAGGAAGUGACAGAAGAGACUUCCUAAGACAGAACAUCACUGUCCAGAAUUCAAACUCAGCUCAGCAUGGUGACGUCUGGACCGCAUGGCUCAAGUCCACAUUCCAGAGCGGGAGGCUGAUUUGUGGCUAGAACUUUGUGCUGCUUUUCUUUCCUCAUGAUCUAAGAGCAGAUAGGUGAAUCUCCUCACCAUUUUUGGCUAAACUUUCUGUAAGGUUUAAUCUUUAUACCAUAUUUGUCAUCUGCCUGAAUAUGUGUUCCUCCUCACCAGGAAUCUUCUGGAGCAGGUUGAUGUCAGCAUUUCUGUUUUGCAUCCAAGGAAAGGCUGUGAGAGGCCACCCAUGUGUCUCAAGGCGCUUCACCUUUGCCUCUGCUGAUGAAAUUUGAGUCAUCAGCUUGGUUCUCAGCCUGGUGGGUGACACGCCUCCUUGUGCCUUUGGUCCCCAAGAUGAUUCACGAGUAAAAACCAGAGGCUCUGGAACAAUUUUUCAGAGGAGUGGCAGUGACGUAUAGCUCCCUUUGAUACUUAAAUUGUGUGAUUUCCUCCGUUCCCACUUGUAAGCACUUCCAGAACAAUCUCCUUCUGAUGUUCUAGUAUGAAGAAUAAGUUCAGGUCAUGGGCAGUAGCCAAUAAAUUUUUGUAAAAGGAGAGGGAAGUGACAUGUUUAUAAUAGUACCUGAUGUUUAAAAAAAGGUGCAGUUUUUAAUAAGGGAGGAAAAUGAUUAUCUUUCACAAUUUUUGUUUUGCUGUCAGUGUUGAGCCAUAAAGGACUUGGACAACAUUUAAGAACUUGAACUCUUCUUGCCCUACAUCAGCCCUAUCUGUUUAGUGAGAAUGGAAGGCACAGCAAUUGUGUAAGAAAUGCUGGGUUUUCAUUAAAUACUUCCAACUUUCCAAUGACUCAACAGCAUACUUAAUCUCUUAAAAUCACAUGCUGAAAACAUCUAUUUCUCAUGAAAUUUAACUCCUAUUUACUGUGUCAAAGAGGAGUAUGCUUAGGUGGCAUUCCUCUAGGUCACUCUACCAGUCAGGGAAAUGUCUGUGCUUUCA